AUGCAAUUUGAGAGGUUGGAUGAAGUCAGUUUUGGGACUGAAGCCUUCAGUGCGAAGCUCCGGACUCGACCGGCGCAGGAGCUGGUGCGUGAUGCUGGCAGGCGGUGGGCGGCGGCGCAAGAGCCCGCUCAUAAGCUUGGCGAGUUCAGCACCCCGAGACAAUCUGCUGAUGAUUAUUGGAUCACCACGGCCAAGUGCUUCAAGCACACAGAUUGUCGCAGCGGGAACGGAAAGGUAUUUCAGUUCCGAGGGUGUUGGGGACAAACAGGAGGAGUCUUUAUGCUUCAAGUUGCAUCGUGCGGCGACUGUUCCGGAGGAGACCGUGUGGCCAGGGUGGCGCAGAAACAUACUGACAAUGAGAUUUCGGUUGAGAAGCGAAUGUUAGUACUUGCCGCGCGCGCAGACUUGCUCCAGACGGGUCGCAAAGCCACCCCGUCAGCAGUGAAGAUUAGACUCCAGGAUGAUACCAUCUCCAAGGAGAAAGUCCGCCUGAUUCUCCGACAUUGCAGGCAGUCGCUCGGUCAGGAGACGCGUGCUUUCCGGGAGAGUCAAGUCCUUUUUGAGCAACAUGUUUCGACGAUAGACUCCAGCCUGGUCCUUGUGCACGAGAUCCAAACAGCCCCUGUUUUCCAAUGGGUCGCGCUUCUUCCUGCUUUCUUGAGCCGCCUGGCAGCGCUGCAGCCGAGCAGAUGGUUCUGCACUGGUGACUUCACUUUCCGGUUGGAGCACAUGGGCUAUGCCUAUGGGGUCUUGAGUGCCAUGAUGUACCGCCGUUUGGCUGGCGAGUGGCUCCGAACCUUUUGGCCAUUGUUAGUAAUGGCAAGCCCCAAGGAAGACAAGAGUAUAUAUGCCAAAGGCUGGCAAGCCUUGCAAGCAGGCUUGGACCAAUACGGCCUGCCACCUCCUCUGCAACUCCAUCUGGAUUGGUUUAGUGGAUCAGCAUCGACUGGGAAGGCUGCUUUUCCGAAAUGCUUGCUCCGACGCAGCCUAAUGCACAUGAGGCGCAAUCUUCUUGGCAACCAAAAGAAAGGUACCCGACCACCGGUGCCCAAGGCAAAGGCCAAAGCAAAGGCCAAGGCAAAGGCCGUUCCAGGGCCGAGACGGUGGGCACGUCGGGCUCGCCCUGUAGCAGAGGAGGCGCCCGCGCCUCACUUACAGAGCCGCUCCAUUUGGGCGGUCUUGAACCUUCUGUCUGCUAUCAUGUGGACUCCGACACAGUCCAUGUUUCAUCUGGCGAUGUCGGCCGUCAUGGACCGUAUCGAGCGGGUAUGGCAGGAGCGCAAAUGGGCGGCCUACUUUCGCUCCAGAUACCUGAGCUCUUUGCGGCAGAGUGCAGCCGUGUAUGGGGUCGAGGAGGCAGGGUGUUGGGCUCCUGACUCCCGAACGCAUGCCCCAGAUAGACCUGACAUUGAGUGGCAAUUGAGGGCUUGGGGCUUGCCGCUGCCAGGUCCUGCACGCCGAGUGGUGGUCCGGAUCGGGAAGUUGUAUCAUCGACUGGGGUGCAUCUGCUCCUUCAUCACAACAAGUUGCGGAAAUGUCAAACGCGAAGAUGAAGAAGGAUUUGCGUGCGUCAGGACCACUGACCACACACAGCGCUGUACUCACUUCUCUGGAGCAAUCAGUACGCUCGUGGACCGCGCCGUUGCUAGACGCAGACGCUUCUACGCGCGGCCCGCUCACGCUCUUGGGCCCCAGUGA